GCAUUACAAAGAAGGUGUAAUAGGAGGUCCAAGUAACUGGGGGCAGACGGCGCUCAUGGCUAUUACCAGUGACAUUUGGUCAGUUUGCUAUCAAGGAAAAAUGCAAUCACCAAUCAAUAUCUCUACAAAGCAUUUAGUAUUUGAUACUAAUUUGGAACCUAUAAAAAUACUAGGCUUAGAUAAACAGAUCGACGUGGAGAUAGUGAAUACUGGACAAGAUUUACAAAUGAAAUUUCUUGAUUCAACAACAAUAAUUAUAUUCAGUGCAGGACCAUUGGUAUAUGACUACAAGCUAUUUGGUGCUAUUAUAAAAUUUGGUUCAAGAUCAAGUCGUGGUUCAGAUCAUCAAAUUGACGGUAUUGCGUUUCCGGCGGAGCUACAAUUAUAUGCAUUCAAUUACAUUUUAUAUCCAAAUUUUUCUGUUGCACUAUCUAAACCGAAUGGGUUGGCUGUAUUAUCUAUCUUCUGUCAAGUCGGUAUUCAGUCGUCAGCUGAUUUGGAAGCUAUAUUUUCUAUAGCAGAUCAUGUGCAGUUGAAAGGGCAGUUUAAAAAGCUUCAAGGUUUGUUGUUAGAAGGUAUAAUACCAUCAACUGUUCACUAUAUGACAUAUCAAGGUUCUUUACCUUUUCCUGCUUGUUAUGAAACAGUCACCUGGAUUAUACUCAAUCAACCAGUUAUAAUCACAGAAACACAGUUAAAAUCUCUUCGUCAACUUAGAAUUUCUUCAUUUCGGGAAUCUGGUAGAAUGGCUGAUAAUUAUCGAACAAUUCAGAAACUUAAUAACCGCUCAGUAAGAACAAAUAUCGACUUUAUACAGACUCAACCAUACUGCUCAAUGCAAUCUAGACGAUCUUACAUUGUAUCAAAGAAAACUCUUGAAAACUAAAGAUUUUAGUCAGUAUAUUACUAUCUUAUUGAAUGAGGAUACACGAAUUCAAAAGGUUUCAUACAGAGAAAUGUUAUUUUAUACGAAACCAAUUAUCUAAGUUGUUCUACUUCCUAAAAGACAAUUUUCUGAAAUGAAUGAUGAAAAAACUCGAAGGAAUAAUCUGAAUUAUUUAUUCAAAACAAAUAAUAUAAAAUCUGAUUCAGAUCAUUACACUUUAGUAGUAAAAUAGUUGUUGUACUCAGGAAAGAAAAGACUGAUUCUUGUUUUUGUUAUCUUUUAUCAUCUACCUCAUAUUACUAGUAAAGUAUCCAGAUUGUUAGUGAAUGAAUAAAAAUAAUAAGUAAGUUUGUAUACCUCGACAAUACAUAACCUAAUUUAUUGUCAAUACUUUUUAUGAACUUUUAUUAACUCUUAUUCCAUAUUUUGUUCGUUUGACUUACUAUGUAAAACAAAAGACUACAAAUAAUUGUGAUAAAAUAAAAUAUUUCAUGGGUGUUGUAUAAAACUUUGAUUUGAAUUCAUUCAAGUUAUUCUAUCAACAGGAGAACAAGUAUGGUUAUUGUUACCUUUUUUUAAAUUUUAAUUUACUUAAUAUUAAUGAUAUGUAGCUAUGAAUGAAACUAAACAAAACAAUGGGAUGUUUUAAAAUAUACUUUCAUUACAUUGAAAAAAAAGGUGUUUAAUCAUAGAAAAUAACACUUUCUUUAACAUUAAUCAAGUUACCUUUGUUAUAGUAAUUUGUGAAUAUCACUAUCAUAGUCUAUUUGAAUGAAUGCAUUUUAAAAGAAAAUUUAUAUAUACAGAAACUUUAUAUGGUUGGUAAUUGUAUUAAUAAGUUCUCAACAAAAUACUAAUUGUUAUGCAUAAUCAUUUACAAAAUGAUUUCAAUUUGGUCAACAACAAAAAACAAACAAACAUACUCUGUAUUUGACACUAUACAAAUUGUUUAUUAUUUAUUCAAUAAGAUAGUUAUAAAUGUUUUCUUAAACAAAAUAUUAUUUCAUGUAUUCCAUGUUGAAAGCACAAUAACUUUAAAAGACAUUUUCUUUCCUCUCAUUAAAUUCAAGUAUAUUUUAGUUUCC